AUCCUUGAACAAAACCCUGAAAUUUAUUUAGGAAUAGAGUUUUUUAAAGACGUUGAAGAACAUAUUAAAGUAGUUCAACCAGUUAAAGAGACAAUAAUUGCUUUGGAGUUUAGGAUCAUGUCAUUGACAGAUUGUUUCAUUCAAUUAACAAAAUUCAGCAUGGCUGUUGGAUGUGUUCAAAACGUGAUUAAUUUAUGA